AUGGCGAAUUCCACAUUCCAAGAUCUUCCUCCUCUUCCUUCCUAUGCUCUCACACCUCGUCCACCCAUGAUUCCCGGCAUCCCUGAUUGCCUGCUGCAACUGCUGGCGCCUAUAAUUGCGUACUGGGUUGUCUCGUUGUUUUUCCACGUCCUUGACACGUACGAUUUGUGUUCGCAGUACCGACUGCACACUCCCGCCGAAGUGUUGAAACGAAAUCAUGUCACCAAAUACGAAGUCGUGAGGGAUGUGGUGAUACAACAAGUAAUUCAGACGGUAUUUGGAUUGAUCAUCGCUUCCUUCGACCCAAUUGAAACCAUCGGAAGAGAAGACUACGACGUGGCCGUUUGGGCUCGACGCCUCCGCCGGGCACAGAGACAUCUGCCCAAAUUGCUCGCUUUGAUGGGAGUGGACGCCGCAUCCCUGGGAGAAAAACUCCACCACUAUCCUCAGGUUGCGGGGGCCCUCUCUGGAGGAUUCUAUGCGACUCAGUCUUUCGCCCCUUGGGAACUCUCUACCGCAAAGAUGAUCUACUGGGUUGGCAUACCCCUCAUCCAAUUCAGCGUAGCAAUCCUCAUCGUCGACACCUGGCAGUACUUCCUUCACCGGGCUAUGCACAUGAACAAAUUCCUGUAUACCACUCUGCAUUCCCGACAUCAUCGGUUAUAUGUUCCAUACGCCUUUGGAGCCCUGUACAAUCAUCCGUUGGAAGGCUUCAUACUUGACACCCUGGGAACAGGGAUUGCGUAUUUGAUCACCGGAAUGACCCUUCGGCAAGGGCUUUGGUUUUUCACUUGUUCAACAAUCAAAACAGUCGAUGACCAUUGCGGAUAUGCAUUCCCAUGGGAUCCGCUUCAGCAUAUCACGUCAAACAAUGCGGCAUAUCACGAUAUCCACCAUCAGAGUUGGGGCAUCAAGACCAAUUUCUCUCAGCCAUUCUUCACCUUUUGGGACCGUAUCCUUGGCACAUCUUGGUCUGGCGGGGAUGUCUCGGCUCGCUACGAACGUGAUAGAAUUGUUGCACAGAAGAAAGUGGACGCUGACGCCGCCGCGGCGAAAGCAUCUGUUGUCAAUUCACCCCAAAUUGACAUGGAUCAAGCAAAGCAACAAGCUGCAUCAAGUCAGAGGUCGGUCUUCGAUGACGGAGAAAACAGUGGAAUGAGAAUCCUUGAAGAAGCAGCAAAGGAGGAACAGGAAGUCAAACAAGCGUUGAGGCGAAGCACAAGACGAAAGAGUGGCUUUCGUGCAAAGUCAAUAUCGGACCGUGUGGCAGGAAGUCUGCACGGCAGAAGUCCAGCCAUUUUGCACACAGAGGGAAUGCAUUGA